CGCUGGUUCGGGGUAAUCUCGAUGGGGACUCGGAAGAGCCCGGAGAUUAGCGGCGGGGACGCGCCGUCGCGCUGGGUUCUCGCGGGGGGUCGCGACCCGGAACUGACCGCCGCGGGAGAGAAGCGACCCCAGCCCCGGAUUCGCGGUCCGGAGCUCGCGGCCGGAGGAGAAGCCCCUGCCAGUGACCACAGACCCCUCUGAGCUAAGGACACCAUGGCCACGUCAGCCCCACUGCGGACCCUGGAAGAGGAGGUGACCUGCUCCAUCUGCCUCGAUUACCUGCGGGACCCUGUGACCAUAGACUGUGGCCACGUCUUCUGCCGUAGCUGUACCACCGACAUCCGCCCGGCCUCGGGGGGCCGCCCCGUCUGUCCCCUCUGCAAGAAGCCUUUUAAGAAGGAGAACAUCCGACCUGUGUGGCAGCUGGCCAGCCUGGUGGAGAACAUCGAGCGGCUGAAGGUGGACAAGGGCAGGCAGCCGGGAGACGUGGCCCGGGAGCAGCAGGACACGAAGCUGUGCGAGCGACACCAGGAGAAGCUGCACUACUACUGCGAGGACGACGGGAAGCUGCUGUGUGUGAUGUGCCGGGAGUCUCGGGAGCACAGGCCCCACACGGCCGUCCUCGUGGAGAAGGCCGCCCAGCCCCACAGGGAAAAAAUCCUGAACCACCUGAGCACCCUAAGGAGAGACAGAGACAAAAUUCAGGGCUUUCAGGCAAAGGGAGAAGCUGAUAUCCUGGCUGCACUGAAGAAGCUCCAGGACCAGAGGCAGUACAUCGUGGCUGAGUUUGAGCAGGGCCACCAGUUCCUGAGGGAGCGGGAGCAGCACCUGCUGGACCAGCUGGAGAAGCUGGAGCAGGAGCUCACGGAGGGCAGGGAGAAGUACAAGACCAGGGGCGUCGGGGAGCUUGCCCGGCUGGCGCUGGUCAUCUCCGAGCUGGAGGACAAGGCACAGCAGCCGGCUGCAGAGCUCAUGCAGGACACCAGAGACUUCUUAAACAGGUAUCCGCGGAAGAAGUUCUGGAUUGGGAAACCCAUUGCUCGUCUGGUUAAAAAGAGGACAGGAGAAUUCUCAGAUAAACUUCUGUCUCUGCAGCGAGGCCUGAGGGAAUUCCAAGGGAAGCUGCUGAGAGACUUGGAAUAUAAGACGGUGAGUGUCACCCUGGACCCACAGUCAGCCAGUGGGUACCUGCAGCUGUCAGAGGACUGGAAGUGCGUGACCUACACCAGCCUGUACCAGGGUGCUUACCUGCACCCCCAGCAGUUUGACUGUGAGCCGGGGGUGCUGGGCAGCAAGGGCUUCACCUGGGGCAAGGUCUACUGGGAGGUGGAGGUGGAGAGGGAGGGCUGGUCCGAGGAUGAAGAGGAGGGGGACGAGGAGGAAGAGGGGGAAGAGGAGGAGGAGGAAGAGGAGGCCGUCUAUGGGGAUGGAUACGACGACUGGGAAACGGAUGAGGACGAGGAAUCGUUGGGGGAUGAAGAGGAAGAAGAGGAGGAGGAGGAGGAGGAAGUUCUGGAAAGCUGCAUGGUGGGGGUGGCCAGAGACUCUGUGAAGAGGAAGGGAGACCUCUCCCUGCGGCCGGAGGAUGGGGUGUGGGCGCUGCGCCUCUCCUCUGCGGGCAUCUGGGCCAACACCAACCCCGAGGCUGAACUCUUCCCAGCCCUGCGGCCCCGGAGAGUGGGCAUCGCCCUGGAUUAUGAAGGGGGCACUGUGACUUUCACCAACGCAGAGUCACAGGAACUCAUCUACACCUUCACUGCCACCUUCACCCGGCGCCUGGUCCCCUUCCUGUGGCUCAAGUGGCCGGGAACACGCCUCCUGCUGAGACCCUGAGCCCCAGUGCCUGUCCCUGGCCCCACACCCACAGAUGCUUCACUUCUCAAAUUCCAGGACUCCGUGAGGAGGGGAAGGAGGUGCCUGGCCAGAGCACCUGGAGCAGGAGAGGGGAGGGACCCCAUGUCCACUGCCGCUCUCCUCCCUACGGCUGUGGCCCCGUUGAGACCUCGCUAAGUGCUGUUGCUCCAUCCACACUGCUGUAGUUCGGCUCCUCUCCCACCUCCUGGAGGUUUCCUUGCAAAAUUCUGACCCUGCGGACCGUUAGGGCUCCUCCCUCCCUUCAGCCCACUGCCUUUGACCCAGCUCUACAUACUUUUUGUUGAAUAAGAGGCAAGGGCAGCAUUUUCUUGCCCAGUAUGGCACCCCAUGCCAGCUGUUCUUGGGAAAGACCAGUUGACCAUUACGCUCAAGGCCAUUUUGCUGUCCUCAAAUCCAGUACUCCUCUGCCCAAAUCUACUCCUGCUGCCUGCCUUCCCUGGCACUUUAAACAGACCUACUACCACCCCAACUCAGAGUUAAACAUCAUGAAAAUGCUGGAAAUGAACUGAAU